UUUUACAAAGUCAUGAUAAUUCUCAAAAUUUCUCCCUCACAUCUUUUCCGAUUACAUUCUCCUGCAUCACUGACAAUUUUUUUAAUAACACAAAGAAACGUAUCUCUGUGCAAUAUCCAACACGCAACACCGCAGCUCGUACCAUCACCCACAUCCAACCUCAAAUAUUUUUCUGAAUAUCCAGUAAACGAAACAUCCAAAUCCACUUGUGUACAUAAAUCCUAAAUCAACAAGAAUUUAUUCCCACAAGGUUUCCCAAAGAUACAAAGAAAGAAUAUAUAGAAAGCUUUUUCGCCCUUAUCCGACGCAUAGAAUAUUUCUAGAAAUGUGAGUCAGAUUCGUGACAUAAAGAAGCGACGUAUACCGAAGAAAAAAAAUCAAGAGUUUCACGUAAGGAGCGAGUACCUCAAGCAUAAAGGGAGCAUGUGUGAGCCCGUGCUGUAGCCGUGCCAGUUGCGACGGAGCUGUUGUAUGGAGAGUAGAUGUGUGCGCGGCGAAUGUCGGAGAGGGAGUAGAGGCCUCUCCCUCCCGAGGCCGUACUAGUAUCGGCUCUUCGGCCCUCAUCACCCCACCCCCGUCGACUGUGGGGUGUGGGGUGGGGGAUGGCGUGAGGCCGGCUCACGGGCCGCGGGACGGAGCCGGGCCUCCCUGCCGUCCGCCCGCAGUGCGCGCUACGCGAUAUCACUGGCCGGUCAUGUGUGUGUCACUCUCACGAUUACACUGGUACCGUUCGAAGUACUCCGCGCUCCCGUUACCGCCGAGUACCCCCGACGUGGCCGGCAGUAACCCCUGAAAAGUAAAGUGGCGUAGUUGGCCCGGGCACUGUCGGGAAAAUCCGAGAAAAUUUCAAGUCAUAGAGUACAGAAACGUACAAGCGAGUGAAGCCUGGAAACAGAAGAGCAUAAACAAAACAGUGACCAUUCGCGACGCGAAGGGAAAAAAAAUUUGACACUCGAUUGUGCACGAAGGAAUAUCAUGGCUCGUGGUGUCAGGGUAACGCUGUUGUCCUACGCUACAAACAUCGCUACGAUCGCGACCACCUCUCCAGAGUCAUCGUGCACGUCGUUAUCGUCAUCGGGUUCCUCGUCGCCGUCGCGGUCCCCUUCAGUACUCUGUUUAGUCUUCGUCGUCUUGUUGUUCGGCGUUGUCGCGUCGUCUACGACCUAGUGAAUCGAAAGUGUGUUGUAUCUAGUGUACUCCUGUGGUGACCCCUUUGGAUCAGUUUGCUGUUUUCCUACGAAUACAAGAUCUUGUUACUUUGUAGUCAUAGAGAUAGGACUGCUCUCUAGUAGUCCUGGCGGGCUGGUGCGAUCGGCUAGUACGCGAUUCGCCAUAAUAUGGCGUACAAGUUUCGCGAGGAGAUCGUGGGAAAGAGGUUCCUCUCAGUGAGUGGUUUUGCCAAGUUGAAGGUGAAUAAGGUCAGUGAGUGGGGGUGGCGUUCAGGGGUGAUUCGUGCUGCCAGUCACAGGGAUAAUUCCAGCCAUGAUCUUCAGGUGCUCGUAGAAUACGACGACGUUGAGUGGCAGAGAAGAGAGUGGCUGUCGCCCCACAGGGAUGCUGUGUUCUCCCUGUUUCUCGUCGAGAAAGGCCUAUACUGGGCCGAAAGACCUGACCCCAGACACACGAGCCUUAUCACUAUAAACCACCACAACCAUCACGGCAACCACGCCAACAACAACCAUCAUCAGCACCAUAGACUCAACGGGAAGCCACUUAGAGGCGCCACGGCAGCAGCGAAUACGGUCGGUUGGCCGGCACUGACCUUCUAUCCGCUGGUAGCCAGGGCUGAACUUCCCGAGGACAUGAUGCCCGUGGAAUUCAUGCAGGAUCGCAGACUGGACUUCCUCGACUAUGCCAAGCUCAAACCCUUCACUGACUGGGAACUGACGAAGGGCGGCGUACCUUGGGGUAAUGCUGUGAGGAGAUGGGCCGAGAUGCAGGAUGGUCAGAGGAUUCUCCUUACCACCCCUAGUGUCCUCGUUGGCUUCAGGGUUGAAGUAUAUCGAGCCGAAGGCACCACUCAGUGGUACACGGCUGUUAUCGUUGGAUACAAUGAAUCCACCAAGGAUCUCACCGUCACUGACGACACGGUACUAGAAGAUCACAGCGAGGAUCCCAGUCUGGUACAAAUGCGGCUAAUUGGCGACGGAGUCGUCGAGAGUAUCAUGAGGGGUGAAGUCGUCGGUAUGACACCCCGUAGGUCAAGAUCGUCAACGGGCCUAACUCACGCCCUGGUGGUGCCACGACCAGGUCGCAGGCCUCGCGGACGUCCCGGUAACUCGACACUUCAGCCGGCUCCACGUAUCCAGAGUCCUGUUCCGCAGCAUCUCGAGAAAGGUAUGUACCGUUUGCUUUUAAUGCCGCAUGAGUCGUAGCGCAUCCUGCUGUAC